AUGGCGUUGGACAUUCAACCAUAUUCGAUUGUAAAAGAUCUUGGUUUUAGAAAAUUAAUUGAAGAGCUGUGUCCUAAUUAUCAAAUACCUAGUAGGAGAUAUUUUGGUGAAAACAUUAUUCCACAAAUAUAUAAUAAACUAUAUAGUUCUAUCAAGAGUAAUAUAUCUGCUGCCAUUCAUAUCUCUCUUACAACUGACAUUUGGACAGCAAAUAGUUCAAAUGUUGCCUUCAUAAGCAUGACAGCACUCUGGCUCAGUUUAGUAAGUUUUGAAAUUCCACACUCAAAAGUUCAUAUUGUUUUACGAGAUAAUGCGGCCAUUAUGGUAGCUGGUGUAAGAGACAGUGCUUGUUGCAGACGUCUGGCAACUCAUUUUCACCACUCCCCAACAGCAGCAGCAAAAUUAGAAGCAUUUCAGGAACAACUUGGUACAAAUAAGCACAGGUUAAUCCAAGAUAUUACUACAAGAUGGAACAGUUCUUAUGGUAUGAUUGAAAGGAUGCUUGAUCAAAAAGUUCCUUUAGCAUCUUAUACAGCUGAUCAUCCUAUCCAAUCAACACUAAAUUCAUUUCAAUGGGACUUAUUAGAUAAAGUUAAAUGUGAAUCAUAUUUGUCAGAUGUUAUUCCUUCAAUUACGGCUCUGAAAGAAUUUUUCAGUCAAACAUUAGUAUGUGAGGCUUUUUUAUUAAUAAAUACUUUAGUUGAACAUUUAAGUGGGUCAGUAGACAAAAGAUUGGGUCCAUAUUUACAUGAUAAAUAUUUAUAUCUUUCCACUUUUUGUGACCCUAGAUAUAAAUUGACAUAUCAAAAGGAAGACAAGGAUAAAAUAAAAAAUUGGAUAAAUGAACAGAUGCAAGAAAUGCAACAAAGUAAUUUAGAACUUGAAUCCUCUGAUUCUGAUUUUGACGAACCUUCAGUACAUAACACAAAUGAAGUAAUUACAAAACCAGCUUAUCCAAAAUUCAAUGAAUGUUUUCAGAAAGUUUCUAAACUGAUAACAAUAGAUGAAUGUGAUUCCAAUUUUGUAAAUACUGAAAAUGGCAAAAGGUUAAAAAGAUCAAAUUCUAAUAUACAAAUGAUAAACAAGGAGAUUGAAGAGUAUUUAAAGCUACCUCUUGUCAAGGAAAAAGAAAGUCCUCUUUUGUGGUGGAAAAAUUGUGGAAGCUCUUUUAAAAAUUUAAAGAAAAUUACCCAAAAGUUUCUUUCAGCAACGCCAUCUUCUGUUGAAAGUGAAAGACUUUUUAGUACAGGUAGCAUCAUUUACCAACUUUCUUUAUAA